AUGGCGAGAAGAGCUUCUUCUUCUUCUUCUUCAGGGCAAUACAUUGAGGAUGCACUCUCUUGCACCAACACCCAAUUUGCAUUAUCGUAUUCGGAUCCAGCACAAAAAUGGAUAAUCCGACAACACCUUAUGUCCCUCUUUCAAGAUUUCCCUUCUUUCAAGCCCUCCAUAGAUACCUUCACCCACAACGACGGCACCACCGUCAACCUUCUCAAAGCCAACGGCGAGCUCCGCCUUUCCUCCUCCUCCUCCUCCGCCGCCGCCGUCGUCCCUUCAAUUUUUCUGACCAUUUGGAUCAACGAAAACUACCCUUCCAUGGCCCCUCUGGUGUACGUUUCCCCAUCCAAUUCUUCUUCUUUUUCAGAUUACCCUGAAUCCGAUCAUCCGUUUGUUGACUCUUCCGGGGCUACAAUUUCAUCUUACCUUUCGAAUUGGAACCCGGGUUGCAAUCUCUCUGAACUUGUACGGAACUUGGUCAAACUAUUUUCCAGUUUCCAUCCUUUCUGUUAUUCCCCUCCUUCAUGGAUUAAUAAUACUAAUGGAGAUAUUCGUCCUUCGUUUAUGUCGAAAAGGGAGGCGAUUGAUCGACUUGCUUGCUCUCUGCACUUUGAUUUACUGGCUUUAAGCUCAAGAACAGAGGACGAGAUAUGGGAAUUAUCUGUUAUCCAAUCCGAGAUUGAAAGGCGAGGUGAUGUGGCAACGAGUAUUUUGAUUGGACUGGAAGAAGAACACGAUGGAUUGAAGGAAAGAGUGAAGAAAAUGACUGAAGAAGCGGAUGUUCUGUUGAAUUGGUUGAAAGUUCACACUAUUAGUAGAGUUUUCGGGGCAGCGGAUCGUGGUUAUAUUGAUGAUGCAUUUGAAGGUGUGGACCAGAAGUCUAAAUUGGCUAUGGAAUGUGUAGCAGCUGAUCAAGCAACGGAGGAUUUAAUGUAUGUUUUGGAUAAAGCAGUGGAGGUGGGGAUUUUUGGAAGUUUUGAUGCCUACAUGAAACAGGUUAGGAUUUUGGCUAGAGCCCAGUUUAGUUACAAGUAUCAACUGCUGAAACUGCGUCAAAAUUCCAGAUAA